GAAUGGCUUUUGCAGGUUUAAGACAUAUUUGGUACCCAACUAUUGGUUCAGACGGAAACGUUAAAAUCGCGAUUAAUUUUGGGGAUGAAGAAUUUGCUUGUAAGGAAGCUCAAGGAUAUGGAAUUGGUUCUUCCGAAAAAAGAUUUAUUGAGAAGGGUGCUGUAUUUAGCGAAGGAAGCAGUGACAAACAUCAAGAAAAUUAA